AUGUGGAACACGACAGGAGGGACGAGACGAGACAGAAAGGAAGGGGUGGGGGGAGAAGAAAAUGACAUUGUAAAGAGGAGCGGUGAAGGAGCAGAACAGGAUGGGGCAGGGGUCAGUGCACACUCCAGGAGGCAGGAGCAUAGGCAUGCCCCCACUUCGUAUACUUCGUUCAAGCUGGUUCUCGACGUCGGUCGGACCCUUGAGUACGACGAGUUUUUCAGCGAAGAUGAUCCGGCGGGCAAAGCCAGACGUGUACGGCACGGCACGGGCUCGGGACCCAUAUUUGGGAUAUCAUGGAAUGGCAGAAGCAGGAGCAGGAGCGGUGAGGCGGGAUUUGAUGAACGGGGACGGAAACAGGACGGAAAGGAACAGGGAGGCAGCGCGAGAAGAUUGUACGCUUUUUUUUUUUACUUGCAAGGCGGCGUGUCGCGGAUCUACGCAGGACAGAAACGAAGCUUGAAGGACCGACCUGGAGGCGUGAGGAGUAGUUCGAACGGGCUGCGUAGCGGAGGAUCGGCCAGAGGAUGGGAUCAGAGGACGGGAGGGGGUGGAGACGGCCAAAGAGGGCGGGACGGGCGUAGGCGGGAGGCGGGAGUGAAGGACGGGGGGAGAAGCGUCGAGGAAGGACAAUCGAACGUGGCCAUAGUAUGCAGUGAGAGUUGUGGAUCUGACAGAGCACAGAAGACGGCCGCCUCAUCAUCUCGUCUCUUCACCUCUGCUCCCUUCACGCCUCCUCUUGAUUAUACCCUAGGCAGAGGCCUCUUUCCCCUCCGUUGGUCUCUCGGAGCCCCGAAACCCCGUCCAGUGCCCGGCACGAUCACCACCACCCUAUCCGAACCUGGUGCGAUUGGAAUUAUAAGCUCUUUCACUGUCAAACGCGUUUCUUUGCACGAGCAGAUCCCGAUGCAUGGACGAAAUACGCUCACUGGGAUGGGCCUAGUCGAAGGGAAUGGUCGCGCGGUCGCGUCUCACGAUGGGCAGGGCGGGCUUGAGUUGACGUGCAGUGCGGGUGCACCACGGGAAGGAGGGAUUGACUGA